AUUCGUAAAAAAAUCUCACUUUUUUGGGCAACUCUCUAAAGAUAACCAAAGAUACAUAUAAGGUGAUUCGUUCGUCCCCAGUAUUUUAGAAUGAAAAGUGACUGGAGACUAAAAAGAUGUGGUUAAAGGCUCUCAUUCCGCUGCUCUUGGUGCAAUAUUUGGCGGCCACAUGUGAUGUGUGCCAAAGUGACAGUAAUGUGGCUUGCCACAGUGAAACCACAUUUUCCAUCUGCUAUGACGGUGUGGCAUCUUAUAAUCUACUGUCGUGUCCUACGGACUAUUAUUGCACCGAUGGAUUUUACACCUGCUAUAAGAAUGCCGAUCCGGUUUGCAAAACAGACACCUCAACAACAGAGAUACCAACAACCACUGAGAUCCCAACAACCACAGGGAUCCCAACUACCAGACUGAUCCCAACUACCACCGAGAUUCCAACAACCACCGAGAUCCCAACUACCACGACGACGACUGAGAUGCCAACUACUACUACGACCACAGAGAUCCCCACAACUACUACCACCACUGAAAUCCCAACUACCACAACAACCACAACUACUACAACAACUACUGAGAUCCCAACAACCACAACUACUGAGGCCCCAACUACCGAAGAGCUCUGCCAGCAAGCCACUAAAAACACAUUUUUUGAAAACCCAGAUGAUCCCACCUGCACUACUUUUAUAACCUGUACUGUAACUACCGACGGCACCCACUCUACAAAAAUAACCUCAUGCAAGGCUAAUCAGUACUACAGUGCCAGCUUGAAGGUUUGCACCACGACCAAGCCGGAUGGAUGCGUGGAGGCAACCACUGUGGGCACCACCACCACCACUGUGGCCACCACAACCACGGUGACCACCACAACCGCCAGUACAACCACAGCCGAGCCGUGGAGUGCGGAGGCCACCUGCUUGACUGUCACCAAAUCCACUUUGUUCCAAAACAAAGACGAUCCGACGUGCACCACAUAUCUUUAUUGUUAUGUCGCGAAUGGAUCGGCUACGGCUUUAAUCAAGACCUGCAAGACCAACGAAUACUUUGACGCGUCCUCAAAAAGGUGCUCUGAGGACAAACCCGAAUAUUGCACCUAGUUUCUGAACUUUUAGAAGCAGACAUCUCGAUGUGUUUUCACAUAUUGAUAUCAAUAAAGCAAAAGUUAAAAGCA